UUAAUGUAGUGGAUAAUGAAAAACAUAAAACUAUCGAAAUAAAAAGUAUAAAACGCUUAAGCCUUACAACAUGUAACCUUACAAUUUAUUACACUUCUUGCGCAGGCAAGACAAUAUGCUGUAUGCUGCAAGCGCCAACCACGUGUUACACAAAUUUCUUGUGUUUCCCAUGUUGAUUCGUGUGCUUGUUUGUGUGGGAGCUUACAAGCGCUGCGUAUAUAUUUAAUGAUUUUCAGAGUAAUUUAAAACUUGAAAAAUGCAUUCUCAUAGAGCAUCAAAUUUGAAACAGCAAAAUAAACAACAUAAGACUGGGAGACAUAAGAGCAACAGGUCUCUAGACAACAUCAGCAAGGGCAAGGUUCAGCUGAAGGCGCUCACCCGGCGGAAGCAGCACGAGCAGAAGCGCCAUGAGCGCCGGCUGCUGGCGCGCCAGCUGCGCGACAACAAGCGCCAGGAGGCGCUGCAGCGCGCCCGGUGGCGCGGCACGGCCGACACGCCGCCGCUGCUGGUGGCCGUGGUGGCGCUGCACCAGGCGGCCGCCGCCCAGUCGGCGCUCCGCCUGCUGACGGCCGCCGACCCCGACGUCACCGUCACCCGCUCCGAACAGGGCGUCACCCACAUCAGUGUGCCGCGCCUGAAGAAGCGCGUGGCGCUGCUCUGCCCGCCCGCCGGAGACCUGUACGCCGUGCUGGACGCGGCCAAGGUGGCCGACGCGGUGCUCUUCCUGCUCGCUCCUGAUGGCGCUGACGAGGCCGGCACGCGGCUCUUGUCGGCUGUGUUCGCACACGGCGUCUCCUCGUGCGCGCAGGCCGUGCUCGGGCUGAGCGAGGCCACGCCAAAGCGUCAGAGCGAGGCCAAGAAGGCGAUCCAGAAGCAGCUGGAGCGGUGGUUCGCCGGCCGCGACUGUCGGCUGCAGGCCCUGUCGGCGCCGUCGGACGCGGCCGCGCUGCUGCACCACCUGAGCAGCGGCCGACUGCGGCCGGUCACCUUCCGCGAGCGGCGGCCCCACCUGCUGGCCGAGCGGCUCGAGUUCACGCCGGACCCGCAGCAGGCUGGCUACGGCACGCUGUCGGUGUCUGGCUACCUGCGGGGCCGGCGGCCGCUCUCCGCCAGCCGGUUGGUGCACGUCAGCGGCUGGGGUGACUUCCAGAUGUCGGAGAUCACGGCGCCCAGCGACCCGCACCCGCUGACGGUGCGGCGACGGCCCGACGCCGAUCAGGCUAUGACCGAGGCCGGCGAGACGGUGCUGAGCCGCGCCGACCCCGCCACACAGGAGUCGCUGCAAUCUGAGAACGUGCCCGAUGACGACAUGGAUGGCGACGAUCCGUGGCCGGAGGAUGACGCGCUCAGGGACGCCGAGACACUGAACAAGGUGGCGCGCAAGAAGCGCGUGCCCAAGGGCAUGUCCGAGUAUCAGGCGGCCUGGAUCAUCGACAGCGACGGCGAGGAAGUGGGCGCCUCCGACUCCGACGACGGUAUGUCGUGUGACGAGGAGGGCGGCGAGGCGGGCCCGGCGGCCGCCGACGAGCCGGCCUCCGACGGAGAGGAGACGGGAGACGCGGCCGAGACGGCCACCGUGUCCGAGGCGCCCGUCGACGACGACAAGUACGACCGCGACAUGGACAUGGACGAGGAGGAGGCCACGCUCAAACGCAUCAAAGAGGCGCGUGAAGACGAGAUGUUCCCGGACGAGAUUGACACGCCCAAAGAGGUGCCGGCCCGGGUGCGGUUCCAGAAGUACCGCGGCCUGGCGUCGUUCCGCGGCUCGUCCUGGGACCCCAAGGAGAAUCUGCCGGCAGAGUACGCCCGCUGCUUCCAGUUCGCCAACUUUGAGCGCACGCGGCGCCAGGCACUCAAAGAGGAGACCGAUGGUGCCCAGCCGGGCCAGUACGUCACUGUGAAGCUGGUGUCGGUGCCGUCGCACCUGUGGCUCAGCCGGGACCCGGCGGCGCCGCUAGUGCUGUUCGGACUGCUGGCGCACGAGCAGAAGAUGUCGGUGAUCAACUGCGUGCUGCAGCGCCACUCGGCCGGUCACCAGCGGCCCAUCAGAGCCAAGGAGAGGCUCAUCUUCCACGUGGGCUUCCGGCGGUUCGGCGCGGCGCCCAUCUUCAGCCAGCACACCAACGGAGACAAACACAAGAUGGAGCGGUUCUUCCGCGCCGACCAGGCCGUGGUGGCCACGUUCUUUGCCCCCAUCACCUACGGACCGGCGCCGGUGCUGGUGCUGCAUGAGGACAGGGAAGGAAACCAGGACCUGGUGGCCACCGGUUCGAUCCUCUCCGUCAACCCGGACCGGAUCGUCACCAAGCGCGUGGUGCUCAGCGGACACCCGUUCAAGAUCAACAAACGCUCGGCGGUGGCCAGGUAUAUGUUCUUCAACCGUGAGGAUAUAUUGUGGUUCAAGCCCAUCGAACUGAAGACCAAGUACGGCCGGAGAGGAAACAUCAAGGAGCCUCUGGGUACACACGGACACAUGAAGGUGGUGUUCAACGGGCCCAUCAACUCGCAGGACACGAUCCUGCUGAACCUCUACAAGCGCGUCUUCCCCAAGUGGACGUACGACCCGCACGUGGCGGCACCGGCGGCGCUGUACCGGCCGGGUGGCGAGACUGGCGCGCUGCCGGCGCUACCUGAGGGAGAUGAGGACGAGGAUAUGGAGUGACCUGGGCAGUGUGGGGUCAUUGGUGACCGGAGCAAUGCUGCCGCCUCUCCCUGAGGGAGCGGAGGACACGGAGUAAUUACUGCGACAAUGUGCCGUUACCAGUGACGGCAGUGAGGUGUGGCGCGCGGUGAACACUGAACAUAACACCUGGUGACUCAGCCUGACGCCCUCCUUCAGCUGAAUGAAACCGUGGUGCUGCGCGCCGCAGGACAGUCGUUAUGUGGCACAGGAAAGGACUCGUGUCACGAGACAAAUAUGUCGGUAUUUAACAUCAAGAACUAUGAUGACGUGCCUUCAACGCUAUGUGGCUGUUACGCCAGUUUUAUCACCAGCCUGUGGGCGUGGCAGGUCAGCUCAUUGACAUGUCACCCGACUAUGAAGUUUGAUGUGUUGCUCACCUAGUUGUUCCGUGCCCUAGCGAGUUGUUGUCCAAUGUGUAACGCCACUCGCAUCACAAUGGUACUGCCGAUGCAGCUGAUGUGGCGUCCCCACUCAGUAUACGCGCAAGCCGACGCUGACGUCUGUACAACUUGACCGUACCCGACGGAGUCUGCCACAUAAUGUACGGAGGCCGUUUGAUCAGGUCGGUCAUAUGAAACCUCAUCUAGUUGCGCGUCUGAGUGUGUACCAUGGCAGGGUUUGCUGGGCUGCUGUGUACUUGAACAGGUGGGGCGGGCUCUAUUGUUGAACAUAUGUACGUGGAGCGGAUGUUGAAAUAUAUGCCCCGUACCGAC